CUAAUAUAAACCCACAUACCCGAUCCCAAUAAUUAUAAUUAGCGGGUCAAAUAACACCACCUACAAAAAGUCAAAACCACACACAAAAUCUUUAUUCAGAACACUUGGAAAUCAAAUCGGUAUGAAGAUCACUGUAAUGACCCCAGAUGAACAAAUCCUCUCUUUAGAAGUUGAUCCUCAUGAAUCUGUUGAAAAUCUUAAAGCUUUACUUGAAAUUGAGUCUCAAGUGCCACUUCUGCAACAACAAUUGCUCUACAAUGGAAAAGAGAUGAGGAAUGCUGAGACAUUGAGUGGUUUGGGUGUUAGUGAUGGAGACUUGGUUAUGAUGGUUUCGAAUGCGGCUUCUUCUACUUCGAGGGCUUCUAGCAAUGAAGUCAGAUUAAAUCCAGAUGGGUCCGCUGUAGACCCAGCUGCCUUCCAGCAGCAAGUGCGCAAUAAUUCAGAUUUAAUGGCCCAAUUAUUUCAGAGUGAUCCUGAGUUAGCACAAAGUGUUCUCGGGAAUGACCUGAAUAAGUUGCAAGACCUCUUAAGGGUGCGCCACCAUCAAAGAUCUGAAUUUAAUAGACAAAAGGAGGAAGAGAUGGCGCUACUUUAUGCAGACCCUUUUGACGUGGAAGCUCAAAAGAAAAUUGAAGCUGCAAUCCGGCAGAAAGGUAUUGAUGAGAAUUGGGCUGCUGCACUAGAACACAACCCUGAAGCUUUUGCAAAAGUGGUCAUGUUGUAUGUUGACAUGGAAGUUAAUGGUGUUCCAUUGAAGGCCUUCGUUGAUAGUGGAGCUCAGUCAACUAUUAUAUCAAAAACGUGUGCGGAACGUUUGGGAUUGCUUAGGCUCUUAGACCAACGUUACAAGGGAAUUGCUCAAGGGGUUGGCCAGACAGAGAUUCUUGGUCGGAUACAUGUUGCUCCAAUUAAAAUCGGGAAUAUUUUCUAUCCUUGUUCCUUUUUGGUCUUGGAUUCUCCCAAUAUGGAAUUCCUCUUUGGUUUGGAUAUGCUCCGUAAGCACCAGUGCAUAAUUGAUUUGAAAGACAAUGUCUUGAGAGUUGGUGGAGGAGAGGUUGCUGUACCGUUUUUGCAAGAAAAGGACAUCCCAAAUCGUUUAUUAGAUGAGGAGAAGCAAUUGAAGGAAGCUUCUAGUUCUGGACUUCAAGGUACUUCUGGAUCAGCGACACCACUCAGCGGUCAAUCCUCUGCUCAACCUGCAGGACCAGUUGGUGGCAUUUCUACACAGGGGGCCGAAUUUGAAGCAAAAGUUAGAAAGCUUAUUGAAUUAGGGUUCAGUAGAGAGGCAGUUAUACAAGCUUUGAAGUUUUUCGAUGGCAAUGAAGAACAAGCAGCAGGGUAUCUUUUUGGUGGCUAAACCUCAUAUCCACAUUAAUUUUUUAGCUAAUCAUGCAAUUACUAAAUCUUUUAUCCAACAAUAUCAAAUGUGUAUUUUGUAUUAUUAAUCUUAAUUUCCCAACUUUAAAUUGUACUUCAUAACAUUGAUUUUGCUGGUCAAUUGAGAAUGGUUCCAGUUUUAGACAUUUA